UAUUAUUGGCGGGAAGUAUCGUAAGGAACAAUGUCUGACAUUGAGGAAGAUGAGUACGACGAGAUUCGUAAUGCGUUCGACCAAGCAGCCAACUACCUGCAGGAAAUCCACUCAGAGCUGACAUCCACCGAUCUCCUGGAGUUUUACGGACUUUACAAACAAGCGACCUGUGGGCCCUGCAACACCCCAAAGCCUGGCAUGUUCAACUUGCAAGGCAAAUCCAAGUGGAAUGCGUGGAACGAUCUGAAAGACAUGGAAAAGGUCGAGGCCAUGGAGAGGUACAUAGCGAAAAUCACCCAACUGCGACCCGAUUGGAACAAAGGUGCGCGACGCAAGACACAGUGGGUUUGCCAGUCGAUGCCCACAGCCGAGCCGGAGGCUGAAAUCCACGAGUCGAACAAGAGCGCAUUUGAUUUUGUGAAGGAAAAAAACUUGAGCAAGCUCAAAACAAUCGCUCCGAGUGAUUUGAACGCCCUGGACGAGUCGGGCAUGGGAUUGAUACACUGGGCGGCGGACCGGGACACUGUCGACAUUCUGGAGUACCUUCUGUCGUCUGGAGCUGAUGUAGACCUCCGCGAUGCGGACGGGCAGACGGCGCUGCACUACGCGUCCAGUUGCGGUCACGUGGAAAGCCUCAAAGUCCUUUUGAAGUUCGGCGCUGACCGAAGCAUCCUCGACAGCGAUGGUUGCUCCAGUUUGGAUGUUGCCUUUGACGAACGCAUUUCAGACUUGCUGAAAAGCUAACCGAUAUGUUGUGUGCAGGUCACUUUUGUAUUCAUUGCCGAAUGUUAAGUUAGGGGAAAUAUAGAAAAGCUUUAAUUCCACAACCA